CAGUACUAUAAACAACAACGAGGCAGGAAUAUUCAGCGUGCAAAGAUGGACAUGCAGCCAGAUGUUAAGAUAACCAACCUCAACCUGCAUAAAGGACACCGUGUGGAAGUUAGAGGACAUAUUUCAAAAGACUCUAGCAGAUUUGCUGUUGAUUUGGGAACAGAUUGCAAUAAUUUGAUCUGUCACUGCAACCCUCGAUUCGAAUUUUCUGUGGAUAAAAACACCAUCAUUUUUAACUCAAAGGAAAACGAUGUCUGGGGGACUGAACAGAAAGAAGUGGCGUUCCCAUUCAAGGCGGGUUCACAAACCAUGCUGAUUUUUGAAUUUGGAGACUGCAUAAAUGUGCAUUUACCCGAUGGCACAGAUAUCCCGUUUGCCUGUCGGUUCCCCAUACAAGUGAUUAAUUACCUGGCGCUCUAUAACCUCCAGCUCAUUUCCAUCUCUGUUCAUUAACUGAUCUGCAUGGAUAAAGUCUCAAAAAUGCGACUGUGUACUAUAUGUUCUUAUUAGCAUUGGAUUCUCUGCUAGCUGAAUAUUCACCAGCACUGACAAUAAAAUCUUAUUACAUCUC